AUGGGCCACACAAACCCUCCCACAGGAGCAUCAUGUCCUGGCUCAAUCCCCGGCUCCAGGAGCCAAACCCUCAAGCACAGCGUUCAAGCGGCGUUUGAAGAGCGUGGGCUUGGAAACAUCACAUAUCAACCCAAGAUUCGUGUGACAGACAAGUACAAGGUUGUUGGUUUCAUCAGCAGCGGUACCUAUGGUCGCGUCUACAAGGCCCUCGCCCGAGGCGGCAAGCCGGGUGAGUUCGCCAUCAAAAAGUUCAAGCCCGACAAGGAGGGCGAGCAAAUCACCUACACGGGCAUCUCCCAGAGCGCCAUCCGAGAAAUGUCCCUCUGCACCGAGCUGAAGCACGAAAACGUCAUCAAACUCGUCGAGAUCAUGCUCGAGGACAAGUGCAUCUUCAUGGUGUUCGAAUUCGCCGAGCACGACUUGCUUCAGAUCAUCCACCACCACAACCAGCAGCCCCGCCACCCCAUAUCACCCGGCAUGGUCAAGAGUAUUAUGUUCCAGCUUCUUAAUGGGUGCCAGUACCUCCAUACGAACUGGGUGCUCCAUCGAGACCUGAAGCCCGCGAACAUCAUGGUGACCUCGGCUGGUGAGGUCAAGAUUGGAGACUUGGGUCUGGCCAGACGCUUCGACAAGCCCCUGCACUCGUUGUUUAGUGGCGACAAGGUCGUCGUUACGAUCUGGUACCGAGCACCCGAGCUCAUCCUGGGAAGUCAUCACUAUACCCCCGCCAUCGACAUGUGGGCCGUGGGGUGCAUUUUUGCGGAACUGCUCUCCCUGCGUCCGAUAUUCAAGGGUGAAGAGGCCAAGAUGGACAGCAAGAAGACGGUCCCCUUCCAGCGAAACCAGAUGCAAAAGAUUAUCGACAUCAUGGGCAUGCCGACGAAGGAGCAGUGGCCCCUGCUAGCCGCCAUGCCCGAGUACAUGCAGCUCCGAAACCUCCAAGCCCCCAUGACCUCCUCUUCCUCCUCCCACCACCCUCACUCCCAGCACCACCACCACCAUCAUCACCACCACUCGCAACAGCACAGGCACCACGGCCAACCGGUCAACACGUCCAACCUCGAAAAAUGGUACUACAGCACCAUCACCCAGGGCCAUUCCAGCGCCCCCACCGGCAUCUCCACCUCCAGCUCCCCGCUCGCCUCCCUCGGCACCGAGGGCUACAACCUCCUCUCCGGCCUCCUCGAAUACGACCCGGAAAAGCGCCUCACGGCCGCCCAAGCCCUCGAGCACGCCUUCUUCAGCACGGGCGAUCGCCUCGUCGCAAGCUGCUUCGACGGUCUGCCUAACGAGUAUCCGAGGCGGAGGGUCACGCAGGACGAUAAUGAUAUUCGGACGAAUAGUCUUCCGGGGACGAAGAGGAGCGGGUUGCCGGAUGAUUCGCUUGUGAGGCCUGGGAAGAGGGUCAAAGAUGGUUAG